GGUCUCCCCUACCUCUCUCUCUCGCUCGUCCGCCUCACCAAGAGUUCGCCAUGCGCUGCUGAUGGACAUGGCGUUCGCCGCCGACGGAGAAGAUGCCGCCGCCGCCUACGAGGUGGUUCUGGAGAUCACCGAUACAUCCUUUUCCGCCGCUGAGGGCGCUCCCUCCUCGCCUCGGCCGUCGCCGGUCUCCGUCUCCGACCUCGUCAGCCUCGACCCCCUCCCGUCCCCAACCGUAGCGGUUCGAGCCGACCGGCACAGGUUAAUCGAGAGCUCCUCCUACUUCCGCGCCCUCCUCGGCGGCAGCUUCAGUGAAUCGGGUAGAGAGCAUGUGCAGGUCGGCUGCAAUUUGGAGGUUGCCAUACAAGUCCUGCGCUAUCUGUUUGAGCCUCCCGAGAGUUUCACCAUCACACACGAUAAUUUUCUCCCGCUGUUGGAGGGUGCUUUGUUUCUUGCUGUUGAGAACCUCCUACUGGAGUGUGAAAGUUGGUUCAGCACCAUGAGCUCUCCAACGUCCUCCCCGUUAGCCCCAUUGGAUUUCAUAAUUGAAGUCUGGUACUUUGCUCAAGAGCAUGGUGUCACUUUUCUUCAAGACAAAUGCCAAGAAUAUCUAGCUCAGAAUUUUGUACAGUUUAUCUCCAGGAGGUCAUUUAAUAAGAUACCUUAUGAUUUGUUAUAUUCAACCAUUGAAUGUCCACAUCUGACGGUGGAUAGUGAAAAACAAUUGUGUGAAGCAAUUUUAUAUUGGGUUUCAGAAAAUACGAAACCCUGUGAAGACCCAAACCCUAACUCAGUAGAACUCUGCCUUCUUAACAAGGUGAAGCUAUGCCUUUUACCAUUGGGAUUUGUGACAGGUACAAAAAGACAUUGGUUUGACUUUGGAAACAACGCUGUAUGUGCGAUUCUUAAUUUGCUCAAGGACAGUUUGAAAACUCUAUUGGAUGCAAUUGCCGAUGGUAACUUGGGGACAUAUCGCAUUCGAAUUACAGAAUAUUCUAAGAAAAUAGUGCUUUCAGGAUGUCCCCAAAUAACUACAGCAUUCUUGUACAUAUCUGUGCUCCCUUCUGAUCUGGAUGCUGCAUUUAAGAGAAGGAUAGUAAGUUCAUACACGCAGGUUGACCAUCAAAGCUUUCUUCUUUAUGGUGAACUAGAGAAAGCUGUUAAAACCUUGUCAUUUAGGAACGUACACAUGGUGGAUCUUUCAAAAUGUCCAAAUGUUCAUUUUGGUGCAACAAUUGACUGGUUGAAGUUGGCAUUUCCAGAAUUAAGGAUAUUCAGGGCUUCAUAUUGUUUGUCAUUUCGAUUUGAUGAUUUGCUAUAUCUGUUACUGAGAUGUCCAUGGAUUGAUGAAAUUGAUCUGACUGUUGAUACAAGCACUGUAACACCCAAACAUUCAGUUAUAUCUUCUAGUUCUGAAGUCCUAUGCAAAGUGAAACCAAAUCCGAGAAGAUAUUGCAUACAAUGCUCAUCAUAUGACAGCCAACUGAAUUCAGUUUUCUCAAAUAUAUCAAGAUUGACAUUGGAAGGCAGAAAUGAUAUUAGUGAUGUGGACUUGUUGAAGAUAUCUGUGCUAAAAAGUUCUCUCUGCUAUAUAAACAUUGGAAAUUGCACCAUGUUGACAGAUGAUGGUAUUUCUACCCUACUGCUGAAGUGUAGAAAGGUCCAUUCAAUGGUUCUUUCUUGUACUUCUUUUGGAAAUCAAUCGAUUCAAACGCUAUGCACUUCCUGUCCUGACAGUACUGACCAUGACUAUGAGCAUGCUCGUGUUAUGGCAUUUAAUAUGCAAGAAUUACAUCUGGAUGGAUGCAAAGGUAUUGACUGUGCUGCUUUGUCUCAGCUAAUGAGCAGUCUAAAUGCCACAAAGUUUCUGUGCUUAAGGGAGACAUCACUUACAGAUGGCGCUCUCCGCCAGUUUGCUGGCUCUUGUCUUGAGUAUCUUGACAUUUCGGAGACCGUGGUUUCUAUGGUAUCAUUAGCGCCAGUUGUACGAAUAAAUUCUAAUUUGAAAUGUCUGAAAACAGCUGGAUGUCGUAAUCUUCUGUUUGAACAUGAUGAGUUAGAACCCAUGAGUGGUAACAAGUAUGGGGAUUUUCUUCAGGAGAUAGCAAGUACUAGCAGUUUGGAGGAUGUCGAAAUGGGCUGGGGAUUUUGCCCUAUUCGUAUUGAAGACAUUAUUCUUUCAUUUAGUAAAGUAAGGAAGAUGACAGUUGGCCUCGGCACAACGUUAGCAGAGAACAUCCUAUAUGCUCUUCCUGAGAUUUGCCCAUUCCUCGAGUCUUUGGUUCUUAGGUUUCAGGUGAUAUCUGAUGGAGUUUUAAGAAAUUUAUUGGAAUCAGCUAUAAAUCUUCAGGUGCUUUGCCUGAAGUAUUGUCUUGGCCGUUUAACCUCAUUUAGCUUUCAAACAAAGGCACCAGCAUUAAGAGUAUUGCGGCUCGAGUGGGUUACUCCCUGGAUCACGAAUAAUGACUUGACAAUCCUUACACAGAAUUGUAAUUUAGUUGAACUUUCGCUGUCAGGUUGCAAACUCCUUGACUCCAGCUCUCAAAAGAUAAUUUCGUCUGGGUGGCCAAACUUGACACUUUUACACCUUGAGGAAUGUGGUCAGAUAACACUUGAUGGGGUUUCUUCUAUUUUAAAUUGUAAAGCUUUGGAAGAUGUCCUACUACGGCACACAGGCAGAGGCAUUGGAAGAGCCAUCAUAAAUGAUGCUAUCAGAGAGUUACCUCUACUACGGAAGCUGGCUCUGGAUCUUUGUGAUGCCUCUGAAGAGGGUUAUGAUAACCCAAAUAAUCCGGAGGGGAAGAUGAUGAGAACGGUAAGGAUGAGUAGAUGCAAGUCGUUGAGGUCUUGUUUCGAGCUCCCUAGAGAAGGGUCCUCAAAAGUGGUUCACAAAGACACUGUAGUGCUGGAAUGGAGCAGCAGAAGGCUGACCACCACCAUCGUGAAAGAAAGAGUGCUACUUAAUUCAGCUAAGAACCGGAGUAGAUCCGCCGCCUGUCUGUCGGAGAUGGCCCACCUCGCCGCCUCCCCCUCUUCCGCCCCGCCGCUGCCUCCAAACCCUAUCCCUGACGCCGGAGAGGAAGGCGCCACCCGCUCUCCGCCGCCGUCUGAGAGGGGGCGGGGGAAGGUGGUGGUGGUGAUGGGCGCCACGGGCGCCGGCAAGUCGCGCCUCGCCGUCGACCUCGCGGGCCACUUCGCGGGAAUCGAGGUGCUCAGCGCCGACUCCAUGCAGGUCUACCGCGGCCUCGACGUCCUCACCAACAAGGUCCCCCUCCACGAGCAGAACGGUGUUCUUCAUCAUCUCCUUAGUGUAAUUGAUCCCUCCGUGGAGUUCACUUGCCGUGAUUUCCGCGACCAUGCCGUGCCAAUUAUACAAGAUAUAUUGGAUCGUGGUGGCCUCCCUGUUAUUGUCGGCGGUACAAACUUCUAUAUCCAGGCUCUUGUUAGCCCAUUCCUCUUUGAUGACAUGCCAGAAGAUAUGCAGGACUGCACUUUAAGUGAUCACCUAGAUGACACAGGCCUCGCCAAUGAUGAUGGAGGCAGCGGGUAUGAGCGUUUGAAGGGAAUUGACCCUGUCGCGGCGCAAAGGAUCCAUCCAAACAACCAUAGAAAAAUAAAACGCUACCUUGAGUUGUAUGCGACCACAGGUGCCCUACCAAGCAAUCUGUUCCAAGGAGAGGUCACAAAGAAUUGGGGUCGACCUACUCGCUCCAGAUUUGACUGUUGUUUCUUGUGGGUAGAUGCUGAUCUUCAAGUUCUGGAUAGUUAUGUCAACCAAAGGGUCGAUUGCAUGAUGGAUGCUGGCUUGCUGGAUGAAGUAUGCAAUAUAUAUGAUCCAGAUGCUGUUUAUACCCAAGGACUGCGGCAGGCCAUUGGGGUUCGUGAAUUUGAUGAGUUUUUCAGAUUAUAUUUAACAAGAAAAGAAUCUGAUGACAAAAGGUUGGCUUCUUCUACAUCUAUGUUAAAUAUGCAUGACGAUCAACUUAAGAGCUUGUUGGAUGAAGCUGUUUCCCAACUAAAGGCAAACACACGCAGACUUGUUCGACGUCAAAGGAGGAGACUGCAUCGGCUGAGUAAAGACUUUGGGUGGGAUUUGCAUCACAUUGAUGCAACAGAAGCAUUUCAUUGUACCACUGGCGACUCAUGGCACAAGAAAGUUGUUGAACCUUGUGUGGAUAUUGUAAAAAGAUUUUUAUCUGACGGUGCAACUUGGACAAACAAAAAUGCUUCAAAUGGUACUGGAAAUCCCGUCAUCUCUUCAAGGGAGUUAUGGACUCAAUAUGUUUGCGAGGCAUGCAACAACCGGGUACUUCGAGGGGCGCACGAGUGGGAGCAACACAAGCAGGGGCGAGGGCACCGGAAACGUGUACAGCGGUUGAAACAGAAGGGUCUAAGAUGUUAAUCUUGAAAGCCACAAUUAUUUAUCAUUGCAGUGCUCACAGUGGCCUUUUCUUCAUUCUGUAACCAGUAUUUGUUGUAAUUGAGUAGGCGUUUUCUUCACUGUGGACGCCUAAACAACCAGUUUUGGAGUCGUUUUAUCUGGUGGUUAGUCCCUUGAAGCAAACAUAUGCAUGGCAUUGGUAUUAAUAUGAGCCUAUGAGGAUUUUCAUCUUUUGAGAUC